AUGAGGCAUAGUGGUGACAUUGCCAAAAUUCAGAGUUUUGAUGGCGGAUUCCAGUCACCGGACGUUUAUGGGUACGGGGAGGAUUUUGGUGAGUUUACGCCAACUUUUACGCCUGCGCGUCCUCAUCCUGGAGAAUUACACCCAACGAAAAAUGGAGCCAGCAGACCAGAAGAGCUCAAUCUUAACCUAGGAAAUUCAUAA